CGUCGCGAACCCGUUCCGCCUCGCAUUUGCUCUCUCCUCUCCCCCGUCCCUUCCCCUCUUCUCUUUUGGUUAGGGUUAGCCCCGCGGCGGUAACCUCACCGCCUUUCAAGCCUUCCCCUUUCCUUGGUUUCGAAGUCUUCCUCUCAAAUCUCGUCCAGUUCUUCCGAUUCGGCGGCCAUGGCCACCGCGGUGCUCAGAUCCCAUGACGUGCUCAACAACCGGAUGCAUCUGGACGCCUUCACCCCGUCCCCGACGAAGCCCCGCCGGCGCCGGAGCCCCAAGCCGGCCGGUGCGUCCUCGCCGCCCCCCAGGCCAGCGGCGGUAGCGUCACCGCCCCCCAAGGCGGCAGCGGUAGCCUCACCGGCGCCCAAGACGGCGGCGUUGGCGUCCCCGCCGGUUAAGGGGGCGGCUUCUGGCCGCCGCUCGCCGCCGGCGAGGCCGGCCGCGCGGAAGCAGCCGUCCCCGACGAAGGAGAAGCCGAAGCAGCGGCUUGUUAUGGAGGAGGUCCGGAUCCUCAAGCGCGGCGAGGAGCCCCCUGCUCCGGCCCCAACCCCAGCGCCGGCGCCGGUCGUAGCAGCGCCCGUGGCGAAAGCCGCGGCAGCGGUGGACAAGCGCGUCCCCUGCUCCACUGGCCGGAUCGGGCCGCAGGCGCCCACCGUCGUGCCGACGAAGAAGAUCGUGUCCGCCGCCUCCGCCCCCGACGCGGCCCGCUACGCGGGCCCGGCGUUCUCCGCCGCGGCUCCCGAGCCGAGCUCGCUCCCCAUGCCGGCGUUCUUCCUCCGGCGUGCGGAGUCCGAGGCCACCCGCGGCCUCCGCUGCCUCCUCCGCAUCGGUGAGCUCGCCUGACGCAGGCGAGCUCCCACCACACGGCCCCCACAGGCCACGGCCGGACCAGCGUCCGCUCCUCUGAAGUCGUCGCCUCUUCUCGUCUUCCUCUUCUCCGGUUGUUCCCGACCUACGGGAUGGAUGGAUCUAUGGAUGGUUAGCGCCUGAUGGGCGGUUGGAUCCGACGGAAAGCAUCUCCGGAUCAGAUCAGAUCUCCCGGUAGCCGUUUCGAUCAACCUCUUCCGGUAUUUUUUCAGAGGAAAGGUUGAUGGACGAGCAACCGGUGGUUGGAUUUGGUGGUGGUUAGGUUCUCAAGUCGCUUGCAGCUCGGUUCGAUUCUCUUCUCUGGAAAGCUGAUGUCUUUAGGUAGAAUAACUAAGAGCAAGGCGUGUUGGUGGAUUAAGAGUAGUAAGUCUGCAGGCUGGUGGUUCUAGGUGGUGGUGUUUGGUUCAUGAGUUGGGUAAAUUAGCAUGUGAAUUUGUUGGUUUAGGUGAUCUGCUAGUUGAUGACCUGAGUAUGAUUCAGGUUAGGUUUUCGUUGCAAUAAUCGAAGGGUGUGGCGUGCGUUUGAUUCGUGUGAGUUUUUGUUCUAGAGUCCUGAACUAAGUUUGUGUAUCUGUCAGUUUAGCUGUGAUAUAUGUGAGUGGUAAAUUUAGAUAUGAUGAAUAUCGUGUCAGUGGUAAAUUUAGAUAUGAUGAAUGUCGUGUCAGUGGUAAAUUUAGAUAUGAUGAAUGUCGUGUCAGUGGUAAAUUUGGAUAUGAUGAAUAUCUGUGUAUUGGAUUCCUGCCUUCAUUCGGGGAUGGUUAACUUC